UAAAAAUAAAAGGAAAAAUUUACUGUGAAUCACGAUGACAAGACAUUAUUGUUUUGCAUUUGGCUUUUAGAAAAUUUUCCGGAUCUGAAGAUUACUAUAACCCUUCGACUUCCUCGGCGACAACUUCGGAUCCAAUCCGAAAUCCAAAAAAUGCCGGAUCAAAAUUCCGUUUCUACCGGAAUUUGAAGCCGUUUUCUUCUAUUCCGAUUAGGUUUCAGCUGAAAGAUAACAUUGCUUCGGUUUUGUUUGAUUCUGCAUUGAACGGGGAUUCGAUCGCUUCAGAAGCUGCAUUGUGUUUGAUCUCGGUUGAAUUCGCGGGACGCGAUGGCUUCGGUGCUUGAAUUUUGUUGUUUUGAUUGCCAUUUCGUGUGUAAAAAACUCGUUUGAUUAGGUAUUUUGUGUGAAAAAAGCAGUGGUUUUUGGAGGUGUUGAGAAUUUGCGAGAUGGAUCCUUUAUCUGCGAUCAGCGAGGAGCUAGCGGAGAUUGACGGACAGAUCGCCGAUAUCUUCCGAGCGUUAUCAAAUGGAUUUCAGAAGUUGGAGAAGAUUAGGGACUCGAAUAGGCAGAGUAGGCAGUUGGAAGAGCUCACGGAAAAGAUGCGGGAGUGUAAGAGGCUUAUUAAAGAAUUUGACAGAGAAGUCAAGGAUUUGGAGAGUAGAAAUGAUCCAGGCACCAACAAGAUGCUGAAUGAGAAAAAACAGUCAAUGAUCAAAGAGUUGAAUUCAUAUGUUGCUCUUAAAAAGCAAUCUGCAGCCAAUCUUGAAACCAAGCGAGUUGAUCUCUUUGACGGUGGCACCGAAGGAUUUGGGGAAGAAAAUGCCAUGCUAGCAUCAACCAUGACAAAUCAACAGCUAUUAGAUAGUGGAAACCGGAUGAUGGAUGAUACUGAUCAAGCCAUUGAGAGGUCAAAAAAGGUUGUUCAUGACACUGUCAAUGUCGGAACAGAGACUGCAGCAGCACUAAAGGCUCAGACUGAACAAAUGAGUAGGAUUGUUAAUGAGCUGGAUUCUAUCCAUUUCUCAAUCAAGAAAGCUUCUCAACUUGUGAAGGAACUUGGUAGGCAGGUUGCAACUGACAGGUGUAUUAUGGCAUUACUCUUCCUUAUUGUCAUUGGAGUCAUAGCUGUCAUUAUUGUUAAGCUUGUGAACCCACACAACAAGGAUAUCCGGGAUAUCCCUGGAUUAGCUCCGCCGGCAAUGAAUCGGAAAUUACUUUGGAAUGCUAGAUGAAAAGUUAUGAAGAGAUUAUCUCACAAGGUUGAGAAUGAUUUUGCCAUCUGGUUGUUGAUCUGUUUCUAAGUAAUCUUUCAGAAGAGGUUGGUUGACUUUUCAGAUUGCUAGUCUCAAACUACUGUUGUGGCUCAUUACCUUAAAUUUUGAUGUGCUCUGCCAGUCUGCCUGAUUAUUUCGUCUUCCCCGACUGAAAAAUAAUUCCUAUUUUGAGGGAAACUCAAAAAUAUUUAGAGGGUAUUGGUUCAUACGAUGUAUUGCUACACAUGUUAGAUAUUUGAUCUGAAAUUAAUUAUUUGUUUCUGUUUUUGUCAA